CGCCCGUCUCUCCCUCUCUUCCUCUCACUGGUUCUGUCUCCGCCCGAGACGAGUGACCGGGGAGGACCGCAGACCUGCAGGAGGUCCAGAUCCAAAAGCCUGCGAGAAAGGGGGGGGGGAGGCGAUGGCUGCCGGUGCGGGGCGCAGGGAAUCGGUGGAUCAGUACCGGGCCGACGUCGAGAGGCUCACGCACGAGCUGGCCGAAGCCAACCGGGAGAAGAUCCGGGCUGCGGAGUGCGGUCUGGCAGUCCUGGAGGAGAACCAGGCGCUGAAGCAGAAGUAUGCAGAGCUAGAAACGGACCAGGAGACUCUCCGGAAGGAGCUGGAGCAGUUACAGGAGGCAUUUGGCCAGGCCCACACCAACCAGCGUAAGGUGGCUGAGGACGGCGAGACCAACGAGGAGACGCUGCUGCAGGAGUCAGCCUCCAAGGAGGCCUACUACAUGGGCCGGCUGUUGGAGCUGCAGACGGAGGUGACACUGAGUCGCUCCGUGACAUCAAAUGCCCAGGCAGAGAACGAGAGACUCAGCGCCAUUGUACAGGAUCUAAGAGAGAGUAACGAGAUGCUGGAGCUCCAGAGGAGCAGAAUGAGGGAGGAGAUCAAGGAGUACAAGUUCAGAGAAACCAGGCUGCUUCAAGACUACACGGAGCUGGAGGAGGAGAACAUAACGCUGCAGAAGCUGGUGUCCACUCUCAAACAGAGCCAGGUUGAGUAUGAGGGACUGAAACAUGAAAUCAAGGUGCUGGAGGAGGAAACCGUCCUCCUUAACAGCCAGCUGGAAGAUGCAUUACGCUUGAAGGACAUCUCUGAAGGGCAGCUGGAGGAAGCGCUGGAUGCGCUGAAGACUGAGCGCGAGCAGAAGAACAAUCUGAGGAAAGAACUGGCUCACCACCUCAGCCUGAGCGACAGCGUUUAUGGCGCUGGGGCCCAUCUGGCACUCACUGUCACCGGUGUCGAGGGCCUCAAGUUCCCUGAGGAGACCAACGGGACAAACGGCUCUCAUGGCAGCAUCAUCCCUGCUGCGAACGGCAACAUAGAGGACAGCAACUGCUGUAACGGCCACAUCCACAACAGUUCAGGGUUGGCAAAGAAGAGCGGGGACUACCGAGCCGGCCGGAAAGGAGACGGCCUUGUGCCAGACCUGUUCAGUGAGCUAAACCUGUCAGAGAUGCAGAAGCUCAAACAGCAGCUGCUGCAGGUGGAACGUGAGAAGGCAGCGUUGCUCAUGAACCUGCAGGAGUCCCAGACCCAGUUACAGCACACACAGGACGCCCUGACAGAGCAGAAUGAGCGCGUCCACUGCCUCACUGAGCGAGUCAACGCCUUGAAACAUCUUCACGCAGACAAAGAGCUCGGCGACCCGCAGGAGAGUGAGAAACCCGAUGGGGGCUCGUCGCCAUCGGCCAACAGCCACCGCAAUUCUGACAUCCACGGGUUUGAGAUUCUAGAGUUUAAGUACAAGGUGGCGGUGACGGAGGUUAUCGACCUGAAAGCGGAACUCAAGGCCUUGAAGGAGAAGUACAACCAAACUGUGGAGGGGCAGGGAGACUGCCAUGAUGACGACAGAGUCCAGGCACUGAGUGAACAGAUUUCACACCUGGAGCGGAGCUGCCGUGAGGGCCGGGAGAAGGUGGCGGGCCUGGAGGCUGAGCUCCGAGCUGCAAAAAGCACCGCGACAGAGAGUCAGAGCAUGCUGAACACAGCACAGGACGACCUGGUGACGUUUAGUGAGGAGCUGGCUCAGCUUUACCACCACGUCUGUCUCUGCAACAACGAGACCCCGAACCGCGUCAUGCUGGAUUAUUAUCGCCAGAGCCGCAUCACGCGCAGCGGCAGCCUCAAAGGCUCCGAAGAUCCCCGGGCUUUGCUGUCCCCUCGCCUCGCACGCCGCCUCGCUGCAGCAUCUGCAGCCGGCUCUCCUGACUCCCCACGUAGUCCUGUGGACUCCCCAUCCAAAGACACCCUCCACACAGAGACAACUAACUCAGUAGACUCUUCAUCCUGCCAUAGUAGUCCCUGUCGCAACAUCACAGGAUCUCCUACCAUCAGCAUCUCUCGAUGCCCAUCUCCAGUACCCGUAGAUGCAGGCGGGGACCUGCGGAAGGAGCCCAUGAACAUUUAUAAUCUAAACGCCAUCAUCAGAGACCAGAUCAAACACCUCCAGAGAGCUGUUGAUCAUUCGCUGCAGCUGUCCAGGCAGAGAGCUGCUGCCAGGGAGCUGGCGCCCAUGCUGGACAAGGACAAAGAGUCCUGCAUGGAGGAGUUGCUGAAGCUCAAGUCUCUCCUCAGUACCAAGAGGGAACAGAUCGCUACUCUCCGGCUGGUGCUCAAGGCCAACAAGCAGACAGCAGAAAACGCCUUAGCUAACCUGAAGAGCAAGUAUGAGAAUGAAAAGGCAAUGGUUACGGAGACCAUGAUGAAACUGAGGAACGAGCUGAAGGCUCUAAAGGAAGAUGCUGCCACCUUCUCCUCUCUCAGGGCCAUGUUUGCUACAAGAUGUGAUGAGUACGUAACCCAGCUGGAUGAGAUGCAGAGGCAGCUCGCGGCAGCAGAGGAUGAGAAGAAGACGCUGAACUCCCUCCUACGUAUGGCCAUCCAGCAGAAACUGGCUCUGACUCAACGUCUGGAGGACCUGGAGUUUGACCACGAGCAGAUUCACCGCGGCCGGGGCGCUAAAGUGCCCAAGAUAAAGAGCAGCCCACCUAAAUUUUUUGUAGAUUGUCAGCAGCCUGCUGUCUCAGUACCGUCACUCUGCCCACAACUAAGGCGAGGGAGAGAUUCUCUAGCCUGCAGUCGUAGAUUUGCGGCAGACCUCCAGGGACAUCCAGCUGUCCUGUCCAGAAGCCGCGGCCUUCUCUCCCCCUGUGACCCACGUAACUGUCUGGCCCACCAGCCCCACCCUCCAGGCACCUAGCCCCACGCCCCGGGCACCUAGAGUCACGCAGAGACCCUCCCCGGAUGUGGAUGGUGGGGUUUCCUCUUACCCGAACCCAGCAGUCCAACCUGGUGUUUACUGGGACUGUGUCCACUCCCUAAGCCCUACGUGACCCAGAUCUGGCAGGCCCUCUGGUUACCUGGGUUGGAGAAGAGAAUCAGGACACCCUCCCUUCUCUGGAAGUGACUUCCUGCCAUAAAAACAAGACUAGAAUGAGGCCGAAACACCAGUGACACCAUACUGGAUCCUUUCUUGAAUACAAACUGUAAUUCACUUUAUUUAUUUAUCAUUUAUGUCAGAGAUGUGUGUUUUUGUUGGGAUUUCCUGCUGCGGUGAAGAUUCAACCUUCUCAGCUGGUUUGGUUUUCUUUCACCACGAAUUACAAGAACAGCAGAACUUUGAAGAAUUCUUGGUGAUCAUAAAGAUCUUUUUUAAAACUUGCUUAACCACAGCAUCAAAAUAAACCAUAUAUGCCACUUUACUUAAGAGUGUUAGAGGACGCUGAAGUUGGAGAAAGCAAACGAGUUUGAUGGUGAUGAAUGAAUUUUAGUCUUUCUUGGUUGUUUCACUGCUGAUUUUGAGACUUUUUUAUCAGGUGCCUAAAAGCCGUUUUAUAUGAAUUUUUGUUUGUUUCUUAACUCUUCUUCAGAUUCUGGAGUUGUUUAUUAUUUAACUCAGAUUUCCUCUGAGACUGGGACAUACAGAGGUGGAGUGUUUCAGAUCAGAUUAGUUUUUAAAUGUUCCUUUAAUUUGCAAAAGUUUGAGACCAGGGUGAAGAGAUGUUAGUUUUAAAGGAGCAGGUUUGCAUCUUGUUGAGCCAUAAAGUCUUUAUUUCUGUCACCAUCUUGGUUAAAACCCAAGAAAAACCUUCCAGUUACACAAAGAACAAACAUUGGAGGUGGUAUUUUUAAUGACUACCAACGUCUCUGUGGUCAUAUUCCUCUGUGUCCGUGUGCUUCCACCAAACAGAAUGCAGUACAAGCACAAUUAUGCACUGAGCAUCUGAGCAAUACAGCAGCAGGAGCUGAUGGAGAAGAGACCUCCAUCGAUCCUGUAAUAAUUAGUGUCAUCAGGAUGAUGCCAGCGAGCUGCUCAGCAGAAAGAGAGAUUGAUUUUCUGCAACUAAAUUAAAACUUUGCCUCAAGUUCUGAUGUUUGUUGUGAAAGAGUGAAAACAGUGAACUCCUUGUUCACACUGUGUACACAUUUGUUGCAUUUUCUUUACCAGUAGAUUACUUUUGCAGAGACAAGGUGAUGAAAACCUUUGUGGUCCAAACGUAACAUCAGAAUCCACGCAGCACUUUUAUUAACGUCGUCUGCACAGCAGAGAUCUGGAUGGAUGGAGCGACUCGACUUGAAAUACACGCUUUAAAGAGAACGCUAGCUGUAUGAUUUCAUAUUUUACAGGUUCUGUGUUUCACUGGAUAUUGCAAGCAAAUAAACAACUUUUGUCUGUUUUUCUGUUUAUGGAACUUCGGCAACAAGUAAAGUAUAGAUGAGGAUCUA